UGUUGCUCGUCAUUUCACGAUCCAAGAAUGACGAGGAACAACAUCGCCCGUCUAAUCUCUGCGAGUCGACCCGUCGGGUUGCACGAGUCGAUGAUUCGGCUUCUGAGCACCGUUACUUCUCCUCCACCGCCUCCGCCUCCGCCGAAUCAGAAUCGGGAGGAUGAACGAGACGAAAGCGUUCAACAGAAUCUGAAGAUGACGAAGGAUGGGGAAGAAGGAGAGGAAGGUGGAGAGUUCGUGAACAAAGAGACUGGAGAGGUCGGAGGGCCGAGGGGCCCUGAGCCGACUCGGUACGGCGACUGGGAACGCGGCGGUCGCUGCUCCGAUUUCUAAGGCUGCCGCUUCAUCCUCGGUACCUUCCUUACGAAUAUCGAAUAGUGGUUAAAGAAUUUCUGGAAUCGAUGGUUCAUGGCUACCGAAUUUGGGUGAAAAAUUGUGUUUUCAAAGGAAAUAAGUAAGGAUGGCAAAUCUGUAAUUAGAGUAAUAGAUCAUGGUUUUAUUGGGAAAGAGAUAUAAUAUGAUGUCCGUUGUUGGCUUUGGAUGUCUAAAAUCUUAUAUGGCCAAUGUUUGAGCCUUUGAGGUAUCAUCUUUCGCAAACCACUUGUACUAUUUCUCUU